GUCACCCGUAACAACCACUCGAGCCUCGCCGCGCCCCUCCGGCUCCCGCCCCCCGGUCCACUCCCCGGAACCGGCCGCGGAGCUGCGGCCGCCGGCAGUGGAACGGCGACGGCGCCACGGAGCCGCCGCUAGACUUUGGGCUCCUUGAGGAUAUUCCCUUUUGUACAUUUGAAUAUCCUCUGACCAUAUUCACAUGAAGUAACAUUCUUAAUGAUUAUUCUCAGCAGGACAGGUGUGAGAGGAUUGCUAUUGUGUUACAGUCAUGGUGCAGAAAUACCAGUCACCCGUGAGGGUGUAUAAACACCCCUUUGAAUUAAUUAUGGCUGCCUAUGAAAGGAGGUUUCCUACAUGUCCUUUGAUUCCGAUGUUUGUGGACAGUGACACUGUGAAUGAGUUCAAGAGUGAAGACGGGGCUAUUCACGUUAUAGAAAGGCGCUGUAAGCUGGACAUAGAUGCACCAAGGCUACUGAAAAAGAUUGCGGGAGUUGAUUAUGUUUAUUUUGUCCAGAAAAACUCACUGAAUUCUCGGGAACGUACUUUGCACAUUGAGGCCCACAAUGAAACCUUUUCUAACCGGGUCAUCAUCACUGAGCACUGCUGCUACACCGUUCACCCUGAAAAUGAAGAUUGGACUUGUUUUGAACAGUCUGCAAGUUUAGAUAUUAAAUCUUUCUUUGGUUUUGAAAGUACAGUGGAAAAAAUUGCAAUGAAACAAUAUACCAGCAACAUUAAAAAAGGAAAAGAAAUAAUUGAAUACUAUCUUCGUCAGUUGGAAGAAGAAGGCAUAACGUUCGUGCCCCGCUGGACUCCGCCUUCCAUUGCUCCGUCCUCAGAGACAUCCUCAUUGUGCAAGAAACAGGCAGCAUCCUUGGCUCUUGUGGUUCCAGAUGCUGCCCAGGCGGAGGGGCUGGGCAGUGAGGCCCUCAGCAGCCCCAGUGGGCCACCCGAGCCCGUGGCGGGGACCCCUGACGACAAACUAGAUGCGGACUACAUCAAGAGAUACCUGGGUGACUUGACCCCGCUACAGGAGAGCUGCUUGAUCCGGCUUCGCCAGUGGCUCCAGGAGACCCACAAGGGCAAAAUCCCAAAAGAUGAGCAUAUUCUUCGGUUCUUACGCGCCCGGGAUUUCAAUAUCGACAAAGCCAGAGAGAUCAUGUGUCAGUCUUUGACUUGGCGAAAGCAGCACCAGGUCGACUACAUUCUCGAGACCUGGAGCCCUCCCCAGGUCCUUCAGGACUACUACGCGGGAGGCUGGCACCAUCAUGACAAAGAUGGGCGGCCACUGUACGUUCUCAGGCUGGGGCAGAUGGACACCAAGGGCUUGGUGAGAGCCCUCGGGGAGGAGGCUCUGCUGCGAUACGUUCUCUCCAUAAACGAAGAAGGGCUGAGACGGUGUGAAGAAAAUACAAAAGUCUUUGGUCGACCUAUCAGUUCAUGGACCUGCCUGGUGGACCUGGAGGGACUGAACAUGCGCCACCUGUGGAGACCCGGCGUCAAGGCCUUGCUGCGCAUCAUAGAGGUGGUGGAGGCCAACUACCCUGAGACGCUCGGCCGCCUCCUCAUUCUUCGCGCUCCCCGUGUGUUCCCUGUCCUCUGGACGCUGGUUAGUCCAUUCAUCGAUGACAACACCAGAAGGAAAUUCCUGAUUUAUGCCGGAAAUGACUACCAGGGUCCUGGAGGCCUGCUGGACUACAUUGAUAAAGAGAUUAUUCCAGAUUUCCUGAGCGGGGAGUGUAUGUGUGAAGUGCCCGAGGGCGGACUGGUCCCCAAGUCUCUGUACAGGACUGCAGAGGAGCUGGAGAACGAAGACCUCAGGCUCUGGACCGAGACCAUCUACCAGUCUGCAAGCGUCUUCAAAGGAGCCCCGCAUGAGAUCCUCAUUCAGAUUGUGGACGCCUCUUCAGUGAUCACUUGGGAUUUUGACGUGUGCAAAGGGGACAUUGUCUUCAACAUCUACCACUCCAAGAGGUCGCCCCAGCCUCCCAAAAAGGACUCCCUGGGGGCACACAGCAUUACUUCCCCAGGAGGGAACAACGUGCAGCUAAUAGACAGAGUCUGGCAGCUGGGCCGUGACUACAGCAUGGUGGAGUCACCUCUGAUCUGCAAAGAAGGGGAAAGCGUGCAGGGCUCACACGUGACAAGAUGGCCGGGCUUCUACAUCCUGCAGUGGAGAUUCCACAGCAUGCCCGCGUGCGCCGCCACCAACCUGCCCCGGGUGGACGAUGUGCUGGCCUCCCUGCAGGUGUCAUCCCACAAGUGCAAAGUGAUGUACUACACCGAAGUGAUCGGCUCCGAGGAUUUCCGAGGCUCUAUGACCAGCCUGGAGUCCAGCCACAGCGGGUUCUCCCAGCUGAGCGCCGCCACCACCUCCUCCAGCCAGUCUCAGUCCAGCUCCAUGAUUUCCAGGUAGUGCCGCAGCGCCCGUGCCCAGGGCGCGGAGGGGACAGCGCGCCUCCUCGGACAGCCUGCCGCGUUCCGCCACCCGCCCGGCGGCCACACUGUGCAGACUUCUCACCCUCUAGGUAGCAGAUAGCUCUCCAGAUGGCACAUGUAGUGCUUGAUCCCAGACUAUCUCGACAGGUAGUUGUAACUCUAACUCCAUAGCCAUAGAUUUUGUAUACAGUGUGCACAAAAUCAAACCAGAGCACAAGGGCUCUCUUGAAAGAAAAGUAGUUUAUAUACAAUUAAGAGGUUGACUUCGUCUCAAAUGUUGAUGCAAAAAAUGUUUCCAGCAACCUCCACACCCUGUCCGUUAGCGGAUGAAUUCCUACACCAUCCUUCAGAGGUGACCCACCUUCCUACACGGGGCAGGAACCACCAGCUCGUCCCCACACCACGUCACAGUGUCACCCUCUGCUGUUAGCCGGCACGGCCCACAGAUCGAGGGGCCGCCCACUAGGCACCUGUCCUUCGAGCAGUGCUGCUUCCAUGGGGAGCACUUGGGGGCAGCCUGCAGGAGCACCUCGCUUGGGCCCCGCGGGCGGGUGACCCGUUGUCCUGCAGUGGGUGCGGGUGGGCCCGGGGGCUCUUGGGGACGCCCCCCACGGCGCCAGGAGAGCACCACCACCAUUAAACAGCUUCUCUUUCCUCCUUUCCACAUCUUUUUGGUACUUUCAGAGCAGGAUUUUUCUGUAUGUGAACUCGCGCGGAAGGGAUUCUUUCCCUUUUCCUUCUGGUAUGUUCUUACCUGCAAGUGCUAGUUCUGAACUCACUCUAGACUUAGGUCCCCUCUGCCUCCUCUUAGUUUGAUAGCGUCAGAGCCCAUGCGGUCUUUCUAGUCACUAGAAGGCUGUCGUGACGACUCAGUCACGUUUGCCGUUUUGAAGUUGUCCAGUGUCCAUCUGCGCUGA